AUGGAGGAGAGCUACGUCGAGGGCAACCUCGGCCCCGUCUUCAACAACGCGGAGCCACUGUCCCUUCCUAUUGUAGCGCGUAUUCUUCACGAGAAGCGCAUCGGCGCCGAGGAGACAGACAAGAUCAAAGGCGUGUUAAUUCAGUCCUGCUGUGAGGCGGUCGAUAUCCUACAGGAGGACUGCGCGCCGGAGAGCAUGGUGAACAGCCUGCACGUGAAACGGCUGCGACUGCGCGCCGGUGGCGGCGGCGUUGCCAACGCGCACUUGACGGGGCUCCAGAUCGACGAGAACGGCUACGCAGUGCUGCCGCUUGAGGGCACUGCACAGUCCGCCGCUGCCCCAUCAUCUGGGUCUCGCACAGAGCGCAUGAAGCCCUUCGAGAUUAUUGCUCUCACGACGCUUCGACCGACCACGACGAGGGAGGCGGUGGAGUUGAUCCCAUCGUUGUACCGCUUCGAGGAUGCGGAGCUGGACGACAUACUAGGCUUGUUGUCUUACUAA